GAAGCCUUUGGAGCAGGAGCCAUGCUGCUGUGCUCUUCGGCCCUCACCUUCAUCCUGAUGGUGGUUUCUGGCAUCAUGUGUGAUGUGAAAGAAGUUUGUAUUGGAAGUCCUGGUGUCCCUGGCAUUCCUGGAUCCCAUGGCCUGCCAGGCAGAGAUGGGAGAGAUGGUAUCAAAGUAGACCCUGGACCUCCAAGCCCCAUGGGGCCCCUGGGGGGAAUGCCAGGUCUCCCUGGAAGCAAUGGGCUUACUGGAGUCCCUGGUGUGGCUGGAGAACGUGGAGUCAAGGGAGAGCCUGUGGAGAGGGGCCCGCCAGGGCUUUCUGCUUAUCUAGAUGAGGAGCUCGAAAGCACAUCCCACAACUUCAGACAUCGAAUCAGGCGGUCCAUGGGAGUUCUCAGACUGCAGGGGCCCGUGCUGGUAGUGGGGGAGAAGGUCCUCUCUACCAAUGGGCAGUUGGUCGAUUUUGAUGCCAUUAGAGAGUCAUGUGUCAGAGCAGGCGGCCACGUGGUUGUCCCGAGGAGUCCGGAGGAGUACGUGGCCAUUGCAAGCAUCGUGGUGAGGUACAACACUUAUGCCUACCUGGGCCAUGAGGGCCCCACCCCUGGGAACUUCCACUACCUGGAUGGGGGCCCCGUGAACUACACCAACUGGUACCCAGGGGAGCCCAGGGGCUGCGGCAAAGAGAAGUGCGUGGAGAUGUACGCAGAUGGGCAGUGGGGCGGCAAGAACUGCCUGCAGCACCGACCGGCCAUCUGCGAGUUUUGA